UUUUGAUAAACAUAUGUAUCGAUAAUGCUGUUUUCUUUUUAUGACAAUUAUUUUGUAAGGUUUCUUUUGAUUUUUUUGAUAUAAUACUUAAUUUGUUUAAAUAAAAUAUGUUUAUGUUUGUUUAAAAAUGAGUUAUAUCAGUGAUCUUUCUCAAUCUCAAGAAUAUUUAAGUUAUCGAAGUAGUAUACCAUUACGAAAAAUAUCUGUUGAUAGUGAUGGAACUAAGGGCUGGAGAAUAUAUGAUUGUGGUCCAAAAUCGGUAAAAUGUCCUAUAAUAUGUUUACCACCUGUAUCGGGCACUGCUGAUAUAUUUUUUAAACAAGCUUUAGCUUUAUCAGCAAAGGGAUAUCGUGUGAUCUCAGCCGAACCUCCUGUUUAUUGGACUGUUCGAGAAUUUUGUGAUGGUUUUAAAAAGUUGUUAGAUUAUUUAGAAUUUACUAAAGUACAUAUAUUUGGCGCAUCAUUAGGUGGCUUUUUAGCACAAAAGUUUGCCGAAUCAACAUAUUUGUGCCCACGAGUCGCUUCUUUAGUUCUUUGUAAUUCCUUUACCGAUACAAAAAUAUUUAGUUAUAGAGACUCUGCGUUGUUAUUUUGGAUCUUGCCUGCAAUGGUGCUUAAACGUAUGAUUAUGGGUAAUUUUCAUUGUGAAAAAGUUGAUCCAGAAAUUGUGGAAGCAAUUGAUUUUAUGGUAGAAAGGCUGGAAAGUUUAUCGCAAGCCGAAUUGGCAAGUAGAUUAACAUUAAACUGUAUACCAGAUUAUGUAGAAGUUCACAAGCUAAACGAUCUUCCAGUGACAAUAAUUGAUGUUUUUGAUGAAUAUGCUCUCUCUAGUGAAGUAAGAGAAGAAACUUAUAAAUGUUAUCCUAAUGCAAGACUUGGGCAUUUAAAAUCCGGUGGUAAUUUUCCAUACUUAAGUCGUUCCGAGGAAGUCAAUUUAUAUUUACAGAUUCAUUUACGACAAUUUGAUGGGACCAAAGAAGCAGCUGCUGAUCCAUCGAUUAAAACAUUAAAGCCAUUAGUGUCUAAAAAAUAAGUAAUUUUAUUUUCUAAUGCCACAUUCACACCAACGUUCGUUAACACAGUGCAAAGUUGACGUCAUUUUGGUAUAUCGGAGUAAUGUUCCUCCGAUACACAUCACAUAACAUUUUAAUAUUUAAUAUACAUAUAAUUGU